UAUUGCAGCUACCCAAGAGACAGAUCUGGGGAUCUAGACUCCUGGAGUUAUCCAAAGCCUUCAGCAGCUACUAUCAGUGAGGGCUUGAAAUUGGUUAAUACAUUCGAAGAGACUUUUGGUGACCUGUAUGAUUCUGGUGAAGGUGUUUGGAGCCAACUCGACAAAACAGUUUGUCAGAACUUAUGUCGAGCUGUUGUCUCACUUGGUUCAUUCAGCGGAGAAACGAGGUUUUUCGCGUGCACGGGCUUAUUUAUUGAAUGGAAUGGAUGCACAAUCAUUCUGACUUCAGCGAGUUUGGUUAGGGAUCCUAACGAUGAAAACAAGAUUGCUGAAAAAUUGAAGAUUAAAGUUUUGCUUCCAAACAAACAAUGCAAAGAAGGGAUAUUGCAACACUACAGUUUGCACCACAAUGUUGCUCUUGUCAGUGUCAAGGAUUUCUGUCCUCUUCAUUCAUUUAGAAUUAAAGAUCCGUUGAAUAGAACUCGUAAAGAUCCCAAAAGAUCUCGUAAAGAUCCCAAUGUAGUAGCUGUGGGGUGCUGUUUUGACUCGGGAGUCUUAAUGGCUACAUGUGGGAGAGGAACCGACUGGUCGGGCGUGCUUGAUUACAGGGAUCUUAGGUACUCCAGUUGUAAGAUUACUAAGGCUGGGAUUGGAGGACCUCUGGUUGACUUUAGUGGGAGAUUUAUUGGCAUGAACUUCUAUGAUAAGAAAAUAGGAACCCCAUUCAUGUUUAGGGACUGUAUUAUUCGAGUUCUGAAACAUUUUGAGGGCAAAAGGACCAUUGAUGAAUCUGGCAGUGGUGGUACACCAAUCAGUUCAGAGUUUUCUAUCUUCUAA